AAAAUAUAGAGCAUACAAUUUUGAUUAGGUAUUAAAUAUAUAUUUAUUAAAUUGCACUUGCCAUCCAAAAAACAACAACAAUAAUAAUAAUAAUAAUAAUAAUAAUAAUAAUAAUAAUAAUACUAAUAAUAAUAAUAAUAAUGGAGUUAGUUCCUCGAAAAUUGGAAUUUAAGAAUGUCGAGUGUAUGUGGCACCUAAAAGUCGUCCACAUAAGACAGACUUUCUGUUUAAUUACAUCUUGCAUAAAUAUUCAGGUCAUAACCGGUAUGGAUACGUUGAGCCUGUAGAAAGACUUUGAUGACCAUAGCAAAAAUAGAUACUAUAUGUCAUCAGAAAGAAGGGUAUUCAGGUAAAUCCACUUCUACUCGGGAUAGUGGCGGGAAAAGAGCUGAGGAGCACUGAAACAGAGCCCUUUUGGCUCUAACAAACAACCUCCAACAGAAUUGAAAAGCAGUUAAAACCAAAAAGAGGUAACAAGUACUGAAGCUUCAACUCUUCAACUCUCUCUCUCUCUCUCUCUCUCAUAUAAGGGCUGAUCUUGAUGAAAGAAGAGAGGUAAUUAGACAAUGUCGAUCCCAAUACUCGAAGCUUGCAAGAAGAGAAAGAGAAGGCCAAAGCUGUUUGGGUUCCAUGCAUUUGGAGAUUCGAUUCGAGCCAGAGGUCCUUUCAGAGAAAACAUUCGAUCGUUUCUUCAAGAUUGUGCCGAAAUCGAAGACUACAAUCUUGAAGGUAUGCCCAUUUGGUGUACGCUUCUCGUCCUUGAAAAUAGAAGCCUCGUCGUUCCUCUCUACACCAUUGAAGAAGACGUCAAAACCUCUCCACUACCCUACUGCGAUCACUGCAGAUCCACCGGCUGGAGCAAGCACUUCGUUACUAAGAGAAAAUACCACUUUUUGAUCCCAAUGGACGAUUCGUGGAACAAGCCCUUGGACGAUGGUGUUCUUGAUACUCAUGAAUCGCAUCUUUUGUAUGGAUUGGUACACUCUAAUGGCUUCGGCCACUUGCUCUGUAUAAAUGGACUUGAAGGAGGUUCAAAGUAUCUGUUUGGGAGGGAAAUAAUGGACCUAUGGGAUCGCUUAUGCACUAGUCUUCAAGCAAGGAAGAUAACCGUGGCCGAUACGUCGAAGAAACGAUCAAUGGAUCUUCGCCUUCUCCACGGGGUCGCUUAUGGACACCCCUGGUUUGGCAGGUGGGGUUAUGGCUUUUGCCAUGGAAGUUUUGGGGUGAAGGAUUACAACUACGACAGAGCGAUUGAGAUUCUCUGUUCAUUGGAGCUCGAGACGAUUAUGAACUAUUUCAGCGACACAGAUAGAUUCCAAGAAAUCAAGCAAAUUAUUCGCCAUUACAGAGACUUGAGCGAAACCCAAUUGAUAACGCUCAAAGAUCUGUUGAAAUUCAUGCUCACGGUAAAGUCCAGAGCUCCGGCACAGCGAAAAGUGAUAGUAGCAAUUUCUAGCACCCCUGCCUGCUCAUCAUUUUCGAUCUCGAAACCAUUCACCAGAACAUCUUUACAGAGCAAUAACAAUAAGUCGCAGGGGAAAGACAAUGUUAAGCCAGUAAAGUACAAAAGGUUCGGCACUGUAGUGGCUAACAUGGACAGCCGGUGGCCUCCCAGGCGACUUGAAUUCGCAGCAGAUGUGAUUGUGAGAGCCCUCAAGGAGAAGAAAGAGAGCAGUUUUGGUAAUGGCGGGAUGACUAGGCAAGACGUGAGAGACGCUGCUCGGCUCCAUAUAGGCGACACUGGUUUACUCGACUACGUUCUAAAAUCUCUCAACAAUGUCAUCGUGGGAAAUCAGAUCGUUCGCCGAGCUGUUAACCCCUCUACAAGAAUAUUGGAGUACACUAUUCAUGAAGUUCGUGAUUUGGCUAGUAAAGCCGUCUCUGAGCCGUCGGAACAGGAAAUGAUGGUCAAUCAAACUCAGAAGUUCAUAGCUACUAAUACUCCAUCUCCAACUCUGGUUCCUGGGAAUGACGUGUACAACGACGUCAUUUACCUGUAUAGGCACGUGCUUCUGGAUUAUCCAGCUUCGGAGAUUGUUGACUUAGCUACGCAAACAGUUCUAGACACCAAACACUUUGUGAAGGAGUGGCCAUUCAAAGACGAAGAAGAGCAAAUGUUGACAUUCAUAUGCAGAUUUACCCCGAGUUUAAGCGAUGGAAGUGGAUUUGGAAUUAGUGAGAUUGUCUCUGUUCCAUUGCACGCCACGGUUGGUGAGCUUAAGAAGGCCGUGGAAAGUGCGUUGAGAGACACUUAUUGUGUGACAGAGCAAAUUUUGGUCACGGAUAUAGACGGGUUGGAGGAGGUUGACGAUGGAGAAGUAUUGUUCGGGAGAGUGGAAUCUGGUAUGGAGAUAAGAAUCAGGGGAAGUAGUGGUAUUAGUAGUAUUGGAGUGAACUACAAGAGCCCCGAGGGGCUGCCGAGGCGCCAAGGUGGAUGUGACAUGUGGAUGGUGCGGUGCGAGUGUGGGGCCCGGGAUGAUGACGGGGAGCGGAUGGUGGCCUGCGACAUCUGCGAGGUGUGGCAGCACACACGCUGCUGCGGGAUCGACGACGCCGAGAACGUGCCGCCGCUAUUUGUGUGCUCGUCUUGUUGUGACUCGCUUGUGCCGCCAAGAGUAGCUUAUCAUGAGGAGGCAGCCUACGGCGCCAUGGAGCAUUGUGAUGAUUUGUUGCUGCCGAGCCCUCCAUUUGAUGAAUACGGUUUGGCCAUAGGAUACUGAUAAAUAUGAGCGGUGACAAUGCAUCAUUAGGUUUUGUGAUUUUGUUUUUAAAAGCAAUGUACAAGUUUUGUAGAAGAAUCUUUGACUUCAUUAAGUAACAACAUUCCCUAAAUUUUGAAACUAAGCUAAGUCUACGAUCGCUUACCCCUCUCCCUCCCCCCCUCUCUCUCUCUCAGGCACCCAUUUUAAAUUAAUAUACAUUAUAUAGUUAAUUA